GCUCAUUGCGGCUGGGUUCGAUUGAUGGGCUCGGUUUAAUGAGAACUUUUUGGUGAGCAUACUAUGGCAAUGGUGAUACUUAAUCAAUGGCAGUGCAAAAGGAGCUGGCGGAUGGCAUGGCAGUAAAGUGUAGAAAAAUAAAAUAGUAUAGAAAUGGAGGCGCUGCCAUUGCUAGGGCUUGCUACAUCUCUUAUCAUUCAACGACGAAGAAGAUAACAAUGUCGUCGAAGCAUUUUUCGGAUUUGGAUUCUUCAGCUUUGCCCAAUCCGAUCCCCACGGAUGUUACUCCGGCUCCUUUCGAUCAUCUACCCUCCACCACCACCUCCUCCACCCUCUCUGAAUCUGAAGAAAUUCCCUGCACAUCAUCUUCACCGUCCUCCACUCCACCUCCGAUUCACUUACCUCUCUCUUGGCCUCCCGAUGCCACCCUUUCCCUCCAGUGGAUACAUCAUCUCAUCGCCGCCUUCGACUGGUCUUCCAAAAAUUUACCUCCAUCCCACUUUCCUUCCGUCCUUCCCGUCUCUGUUUUCGACACUCUAAUCCUCACCGCUUCUAAAAUCCUCCACAAAGAACCCAAUUGCCUCAAAAUCCUCCAAGAUUCACCCCCCAGCAGCGACUCCACUGUAGUCGUCGUCGGAGACAUCCAUGGUCAAUUUCACGAUCUCCUCUUUCUUCUGCAGGAUGCUGGUUUUCCUUCUGAAAACCGUUUCUUUGUCUUCAAUGGGGAUUACGUCGACAGAGGGGCCUGGGGUCUUGAAACUUUUUUGCUCUUAUUGGCUUGGAAGGUGUUUAUGCCACAUCGUGUAUUUCUUCUUCGUGGAAACCACGAGUCCAAGUACUGCACAUCCGUUUAUGGUUUUGAGAAGGAGGUGCUAACUAAGUAUGGAGACAGAGGUAAGCAUGUCUAUCGGAAGUGUUUGGGGUGUUUCGAAGGGCUGCCUUUAGCCUCCAUUAUUGCUGGAUGUGUAUAUACGGCUCAUGGAGGACUUUUCCGCAGUGUAUCAGUUCCUUCGUCUAAAAGAUCGAAAGGAAAGAAAAAUCGUAGGAUAAUCUUAAAUCCGGAAGCCAAGGGGUUAUCUCUUGGUUCUUUGGAGGAGCUAUCCAAAGCCAGAAGAUCGGUUCUUGAUCCCCCAUGGGAAGGCUUGAAUUUAAUUCCGGGUGAUGUGUUGUGGUCUGAUCCUUCUAUGAAUCCUGGUCUCUCCCCAAAUAGAGAGAGGGGCAUUGGCCUCUUGUGGGGUCCUGAUUGCACUGAAGAAUUCUUGAAAAAAUUCGAUCUGAAGCUAAUUAUCAGAUCCCAUGAAGGUCCUGAUGCUAGAGAAAAGAGACCCGGUCUUGCAGGAAUGGAUCAGGGUUACACGAUAGAUCAUGUUGUAGAUUCAGGGAAACUGAUUACUUUGUUUAGUGCUCCAGACUAUCCGCAAUUUCAGGCCACUGAGGAAAGAUACAAAAACAAAGGUGCAUAUAUUGUUCUAGAACCUCCAAAUUUUGAUGUUCCAAUCAUUCAUAGUUUUGAAGCCAUUACUCCACGACCGAAGGUCAAAGCAUAUUAUGAUUUUGAGGAUGUAAUUGAUUCUGACGAAGAAUUAGACUUGGCUUCAAUGGCAACUGAACCAUGAAUGUGUAAAUUGUAAUUUUUUAAAUGAUUAAAUUAUGAGAUUAUGAAUAUUGUUACAUCACGUUGCAAGAGUAAUAUCCUUUUCUGGUUGAUUUC